AUGUUCUCCAGAACUGCUGUUCUCCUCUCGUGUUUGGCUAUUGCCAGCUCGGGCUUCAGUGUCCGUUCAUCGGCCAAGAACACUGUUCAAGAUGCUCAUGAACAGCUCACCAAGCUCAUUCGCUGCUGGGAGCCGAUCGAAGAGAACGUUGCUGGAAAUCACUUCUCCGGCGAGCACCGACUCAGCGAGCCAAUCUACGAGCUCUGCUCCUACAUGCCAGACCCAAAAGACUUCAACAAAGGAUACGUCAACGGCGUCGACAUGGACUCUGAUGACUACACCAACGUUCUCAGCUUCUUCCACAUCACCCACCCCAGACUUGCCAUGCUCAAUGUCUGUCUUCAAGAGGGUUUCCAAUUCCACGCCGCCGGACGCCCAUCGCAGACUUCGAUCCGCUGCCUGUGUAAGAGAGAUGGCUGCAACUUACCAAAGGGAUUCACAACUUUCCUGGACUUCAACAAGCUCCCAAUGCCAGAGACGGCAUUCUAA